ACUUUCGGCUGUUAGUACCAUUCCAUCUUCUUCCUUAACGUAUCCAAUACGAAUAACGAGUACUUGCUUGCACUGUCAAGCGGCGCCGCCCGGUCUUGCUCCUCCUGUUUCAUUAACGACAAGUAGCCAUGAAGCCGGGUUUCGGGGCAAAGAAGAACAAGAAGAAGAACAAGGGCAAGAAGGAUAAGAAGGAUAAGAAUGCGGCGGGCAUGGAGACCGAUGAAGUAAACAUGGGCGACGUGCAGCCUGACUACACGAUACCCAAGGACACGUCCGUGACUGCGGAGCUUACAGCAAAGGACCGGCAGAAGGGGCGUAUGCAGCUGAAGUCGGCUCUGAAGGUCAAGGUGGCGGGACUGAAGAAGGCCAGGGCCAAGCUAACCAAGGUGCCCGGCAACAAGGUUCAGCGCAAGGAGGUGUCGGAGGCCAAGCAGGAGGCGCUCACCGAGCUGGCGGAGCUGCAGAAAGACAAGACUGCCAAGAAGAAGAACAAGAAGAAGAACAAGAAGAAGGGCGGGGCGGCAGCAGCUGGCGGCGGUGGUGGCGAUACGAUGGACGAGUAGAGUGUUUGAACUUCGAAGGCACUGGCUGAUAUGGAUUCGCAGACAUGACUAAAUGACAGAGUAUUUGACUGUAUGUCUGAAACCAUGACGAUUGGGCUCAAACUGAUGCUGUGCUGGGUGUGGGAGGUGCAAUAUGGGUAUGGUUGAAGCCCCGGGGGGUGCGGCCGGACGGGUUGAGUGAAGCGGUUCCCCGGGUUUGGCACUGCGUCAAGGCACGCCGGCCUGAAGCAGCCAGCAGGGGCAGUGGUAGAUUGGCGGGUGCCAUUUUGCGGGGUGACGGACUGCGGUGUCGGUGCAUUGCUGCGUCAUGCGUGGAUGUGGCACAGCCUUUAACCCCUUUGGGCUUUGGUUACCAUUGGACGUCCGUGACUUGCACGCCCGUGACCCGCAACUAAAUGGCGUUCACGGCCUCGCGCACGCUGCGUGAGUGUGCGAGGUUUUGGCAGACAGCUCCAGGAAUGCAACUGUGUAACCCUGGACAUGC